AUGUCAACAAUCGGCACAACAACAAUUCAAACAACAGCACCAAACUCUUUAGUCAUGAAUCCAACAUCUAUGUUAGUAGAAAUGAAAAGCUUCAUUCCUUCUUCAUAUACUUUUGAAACAGAAAUCCAGAAGAUAAAGCAAGAACUUUUAACAUGUAAUUUAGACUGUAGUGCGAAAGAUGAAACAAAUGAACAGUAUCUUUAUGAAAUGCAGGACCUCAUCGACCAUUUACCCAAAUUGCCUGAAAUCCAACAACAAAAACUCACUAUUCCUGAAUUCGACGAAAUUGAAGUCAAAGCAACUGACUCAGUAGAAAUAAAGAAGUUCAUACGAAAGGUAAACUAUGAGUUUCUAGGAUUUCAUUGCAACCAUAAGGUUAUGGACAAAGAUUGCGACAUGGUAUAUAAGAACAUCUCUGACAUAUAUAAAUCUGAAGAAUUUAAGACCUACGACAACUUUGUUUC